GAGUAGAUGAUCAUCUCGAACGACGAGAAUCCCUCCCCUCCCCCCUUCUGCCUCGCUUCUCUUCCCCCUGUAAGACCGUGGUUGGCUUGCAUAGAUUGGCUCUACACCCUACCGCCUAACCCGCACCGCAUCCUGGAGCCUCCUAUAGGCCCAGCAAGUCCGGACCCCACCACCGUCAUCACCACCACCAACACCUUCAUCACAGACUGCUGAAUACUAAAUACCACCACUAAACACCGCCGCUGACCCCUCCUUUCCCAACCUGUCGGUAGGGGUGAACACAAAAGCACAGCAAAACAUCCCUUCGCAACCCAGCUAAGUCCAAGUUAACCAGAUCGGGCACCUCCAGCAGUAGCUGCUAUCACCAUGGCUACGCGACCAAGCCUGUUUACGAGGGGCCUCUCCUCCCUCUCCCAGAGCACCGACGCCAACUCGCCCAGCGUCAGCUCGCCCGCCGACCAGCGCGACGAUGCGAAGCGAAACUUCCUCAAGACCAUGCGGCCCCUGCCCACCCAGCACUACUGGAAUGUCUACUUCGAUAGGCAGGCUAAGGACCAGCCGGCGAAGAAGGACAACGAGAGCAGUAGUAGCGGUAACACCAACUACCAGGCGUCCCUCGAGCAGCUCGGCACUCAGAUCGAGUCGGUCCAGGACUUCUGGCGCUACAACAACAAUACCCCCGUCGACCAGAUCAAGAUGCGCGAGUCCAUCUACCUCUUCAAAAGUGGCUACAGGCCCAUCUGGGAAGACCGCCGUAACAUCCAGGGCGGUAGCUGGACAUUCCGGGUCCCUAAGAGCUCCGGCCCGGACUUCUGGACCCGCAUCCAGCUGAUGGCCAUCGGCGAGAAACUCCAGGAGGCCCUCGAAGAAGGCGACACGAUCUGUGGCGUCGGACUGUCGGUACGCUUCAACUCGCACCUGGUGUCAAUCUGGCACCGAGACUCGUCGAAGCAGAAGUCGAUCGACGGGAUGCUCGCGGCCGUGCUUGAGGAGCUGCCGGUCGAGCUGCGCCCCAAGUCCGACAACUAUUUCUACAAGCGCCACGCCGACCACCCGGGUUUCAACCCGCCGCCCGAGCUCCGCGCCGUCCUCGACUCUCAAAAGCGUGCCCAGGAAGCCGCUGCCGCCAAGAAGAAGCAGGAGGCGGAGGAGGAGCAGAAGAAUGAGAAUGAGAAUGUUACAGCCACGCCGGCGGCGGAGUAGGCAGAAGGGGAGAAGAUGGGAGGAGGGGAAGGAAUGGGAGGAGGGGAAAUGGCAGAGGAGAGGAGAGG